AUGCAUAUAAUAGCCAGACGAGCAGCGACAGGCUUCGGCUCUCCAGUCCUCGGCUCUCUGUGCACCAGCAGACACACCGGCAGCCGCAGGCUUUUUACCGUGAUGGCCGAGCUCUCGUCCGAACAAGUGGUAUUCAACAAGCCAAAGGUUGAGCUGCAUGUGCACCUCGAUGGAGCCAUCAGGGUGCAGACUAUUCUUGAUGUUGCCAAGAGACGCGGCAUCCCUCUGCCAGCAAAUACCGUGGAGGAGAUGACGCAGAUCAUUAUCGUCCAACAGCCUGCCACCCUCACCACGUUCCUGGGAAAGUUUGCUGAAUACAUGCACGUGGUUGCUGGAGACAGAGAGGCCAUAAAGAGGAUAGCCUAUGAAUUCGUUGAGGACAAAGCCAAGGAGGGAGUGAUUUAUGUGGAGGUCAGAUACAGCCCGCAUUUUCUGGCUAACACUAAAGUGGAUCCAAUACCGUGGAACCAGAAAGAAGGUGACCUGAGCCCAGACGAGGUGGUGCACCUGGUUAACGAGGGCCUCAGCGAGGGGGAGAGGGCCUUCAAUAUCAAAGCCAGGUCCAUUCUAUGCUGCAUGCGCCACAUGCCAAGCUGGUCCAUGGAUGUGGUGGAGCUGUGUAAGAAAUAUCACCAUGACGGUGUGGUUGCCAUCGAUCUGGCAGGCGAUGAAUCACUCAACUGUGAAGCCAAUCCAGAGCACAGGAAUGCUUAUGAGGAAGCGGUGCGCUGUGGGAUCCACAGGACAGUUCACGCAGGAGAAGUGGGCCCCCCGUCCGUAGUGAAGGAGGCGGUAGAAGUGCUGAAAGCUGAACGGGUUGGACACGGUUACAGAACCCUGGAAGACCAAGUUCUGUACAAAAACCUGCUGGCUCAGAACAUGCACUUUGAGGUGUGUCCUGUUUCCAGUAAGCUGACAGGUGCCUGUGACCCAGACUUCACCAAGCAUCCGGUCAUCACGUUCAGGAAGGACAAAGCGAACUACUCCCUGAAUACAGACGACCCACUGAUCUUCAACUCAACCCUGCACCUCGACUACAGCACGGCGCACAAAUACAUGGGAUUCACAGAGGAGGAAUUCAAACGACUGAACAUCAGUUCUGCAAAGUCAUGCUUCCUGCCUGAGACGGAGAAGAAAGAGCUCGUCCACAGACUGUACGAGGCGUAUGGGAUGGUCAGGUCGACUGCCUUUUAAACCUGAUGAAGAAGUCUGAGGAGGAAGCGGGACCUAACCCAGGGACAAACCUUUAUCUCACCCACCUGACACAGCGGAAUGUCUUUUCCUAAUUUGUAACCAGACAUAAAACCUACAGAAUAGUAUUUGAAAUAUGCCGUUUAUCAUAUGGCUGCUGCCUUCACCUCACAUAUUUGUACAUCAUCUUGUCAGUAUUCCAUCCAAGUACUUGGAUACCUUUUAAUACUUUAGUUCACAGCUCAGUUUCCAGAGGAUGUCAUGGUGCUUUGCAAGGUGUUAAAAAUACGGGCAAGCAAAUUGUUUUUGUGUUUAUAUGAAACCUCUGGAUACAUUCUUCAUCUUGCGUUUACAUCCUGUUAUGAACAGAAUCAGGAAAGCUGUUGAUGCACAAUGACUCAGUUUGAACACUUUGUCAGCAUGUAACGGAGGGGAAAGGAUUGAAGAUUUGCUACUUACGGGGUAAAUAUGGCGUACUGUGAAUAUCCAUAGUUUUGUUUAAGGGAGGAGUAAUUGAAUCAAGUGUCAGAAACACGUGCUUUCUGCCUUAAACACGUAACAAAAGGUUAAACGGCUCAAUACCAAAAGUGUAGUCUCACAUUAAUACACCAGGGGGCGCACUACAGUCACCUAAAUGGACAAACCACAGUGUACCGACUGGGCAUUAUUACUCAAUUCUUUUGAACUAUAUAUUUAUUUAAAACAUUGCAUUUCCAUUUCACUACCUAAAAAGAGCACUUCCAGUUAUACACAUUUAUGGCAGUUAUGAAAGGUAUCUUUCAACAUAAUAAAGGCUAUAAUGAAA